UGCCGUUUAAUUCAGUGUUUUCUUUGAGUUCGCUCGUGCAAAGUUCGGUUCAGUAACCUCCCGUGUUAGGAGACAAGGUGACCUUUGAUGAUCUUCCGCUCCCCCAGAUCAACAUGUGGAGGUUCAGAACUUUGUUGUCCGUGACUUCUCCUCUCCGAACUCCUGCUGUCGUUGCACAGCCUCGUGUCUACUCAUCUAAUGGACCACAGCAGAUGGAUGGUACCUUCUACGAGUUCCGGACCUAUCGCAUCCAGCCGCACCUGAACUCUGCUUUCCUGAAACUGACCGAUGAGAAGAUCCACCUGAGGACAGCCCACUCCAAGCUGCUAGGCUACUGGUCUGUCGAGUAUGGAGGUCUAAACCAAGUUAUACACAUCUGGAAGUAUGACAGUUUCUCCCAGAGAGCCUCGGUCCGUGCUGCUCUUGCCAAAGACCCCUGUUGGAUCUCUGAGUACCUCUCUGUAGCAAUUCCUAUGUUGACCUCUCAGGACAACGAGGUCACAUACCUGCUGCCCUGGAGCAGGCUGCAAAUGCCACCACAAGAGGGCGGUGUGUAUGAGCUGGUCUCCUUCCAGAUGCGGUCAGGCGAUUCAGCAGUUUGGGGUGACAGCCUCCGAUCCAUGGUCACCUCGCGUGAUGCGGCAGGGUACGGGAAACUGCUGGGCGUCUUCCAUAGUGAUGUUGGACUCCAGAGCCGAGUUCACACUCUGUGGUGGUUUGAGAGUGCGGACCAUCGGGCAAACCUGCAUCACUCGUUCCUCUUGGACCCCAGUGUGAAGGCUGCAGUCAAGGACUGCGUCGUCCAUCUGGGGGUCCAGAAGAACAAGCUCAUGUUCCCCUGCAGUUUCUCCCCACUCAAGUGAGCUCCGCCCACCACUGGAGGCGUCGCUGUUGCCUUGGAAACAGACGCUGAAGCAGUAAACGUUUAGACCAAAGUGGUGUGCGCCUGAGUGUGUGUGUUCACAAGACGACAAGUUUGAGAAGAUUUAUUGACGUCGGUAACAGCAGGUUUUUUUUUCCAACUUUGACGGACAAUCUUCAUCAUCAUUAUCAUCAUCAUCAUCUUUGUCAGUGAAGAGCUGAAGUCGGUCUGGUUUCAGCUGGACUGUUGAGGUCACCUCUUCUCACACAAGGGUCCUCAAAACUAAGAACAAAAAAAUUGUCUUUUCUGAUUGGCUGCUGAACAGGGAACAGGUUCAGAGUGGCCCACAUGCGCCAGUACAAAUAAAUAAAAUCUAAAAAUAGAAUUAAAACAUUUAAAAAUCACCAGUACUCAUACAUGAAAUGAUUCGGAUACUUCAUCAGCAAUUCAGUCGAUGAACCUCACUUCUGGUUCAGUGGCGCCGCCUGCUGGAUAACAGGAGUGAGAACAUGGCGGCGGCGCGGCCACACGUUCAAGUCCAGCUUUAAAAGGUGACACCCCCUGCUGGAAAUACUUUGCAUUGACUGGCAAGUGGCGGUUGACUCCGCCACAGGAAGAAAGUCUGUGUGAGUGAGUGUGUCAGCAGGUCACAUGACACUCUCUUGGAGGCGGUCGACGCCGCAGGCUCCCUGCGCUGAGCUCGACAUGGAAACGUUGACGGCUACGUCUCGCCGUUUGAUUGACGGAUCUUUUGAGUGGUAGUCGUCCGACUGGUCCUUGGCAAAGUUCACGAAAACCUGGAGACAAAAAAAAACAAGUGAGGUCAAAUCUUUCGUUUGUCAUACAUUCAUGAAGGCGUCCUUUACAUAAACACACACAGAUCUAGAUACAACAUUGAAUGCGGACUACAGUCACCACGUGGCUGAGAGUGAGUACCUGGUCCAGCGUGGUCUGAGUCACAGAGUAGUCCUCUAUCUUGAGUGUGUGUUUGUUUUUGGCAAGUAUGGAGAAGAUGUGGGCGAGGGAGGUGAGGGAGGAGGGCAGCUGGUACUGCAGCAUGUUCCGGUGCGUCUCCUUCAGCGUGCUGCCGCUCAGCUCGCUCUCGAUGAACUUCAUCACCGGGACCAGGUCGGGAUCUGGACCCGCCACCCGCAGGAUGAUGGUGUAGCCGUCGCCGAACCUGGACAGAGCGGGAGCAGUUGAGCCGAGUCAGCGCCGGCGCACACGUGCCAGUGGGUCUUACCUGUUCUUCAAGUGUUGGACACUGCCGAGACAUCUGAACCUGCCGUUCACCAUUAUGGCCAUCCGGGUGCAGAGAGCCUCACACUCCUCCAUGCUGUCUCACACGCACACACACACACACACACACACACACACACAGAGCAGUGAGUCCAUGCUCUCGGCAGUGGGCGGGGCCUGGGCUCACCUGUGAGACGUCAACACGACCGAUCGUCCCUCCUUGAUGAC